AUGCACGCGACACUCUCCUUCGCGCUCGCCCUCGCCAGCCUGGCAUUGGCACAAACCGAAGUCGAGAACAGCUCGACACAAACCAACCCCAUCGAAGUCACAGCCAGCAGAGGACCCGCAGAUGACGUUCCGAACCUCAGCGAUGCCUCAGCACUCUCCACCACCAUCAACUUCAGCGACCUACCAACAGCCACCAUUACAGACAAUGUCAUCCCGGGAUGUCAGACUGUGACAGUCGCGGGCGAGGGGAUGUUCAGCAUUCAGACUGAUACGGUCCUCCCUACUGGCUGCACUUUCACUGUUUACGGUGGCGGCAGCAUGACAACGAGCGGAAGUGAGGUGAUGGUGAGCAUCUUGCCAACAGGCGUACCAUCAAACGGCACGAGCAUUGUGACUGGUGGACCUGGCACGGCUACGGGCAAUGCGGCGAACAUUACUAGUAUCGCUGUGGGCCAAGGGUUGCCCUCUUCCGGACAGAGUACCUCUACAGUGACAGCACCGCAAGGUUCGAGCACGACUGGAUCAGGCAGUGCAUCCGGAGCGCCGGCGCAGCAGACUGGUGCUGCGGGCAGUCUCAAGAUGGGUAGUGCGGCAUUGGGCCUGGUGGCCGUGGCGGCGGGUGCCGUGCUUCUGUGA